AUCGCGUGAUCGUGGAAUGUGAAUUGUAUGGUUGUACUCAUUGUGCUUCAAUUCAGGAAGAUUAUCUAUAAAUAGUGUAUUUCUUACUUCUCAGCAGAGAUGUGUUCAAAAACUCAAUCACCUAUUUCAGUCUCAGCAGAGAAGGAUGAGAAUGAGAUUUCAACACGAAGAGCUGUUUUGACAGUCAGUCUCGUUUUUAUAAUCUCUUUAUCAUCAUUACUUUACGUAUACAUGAGUUUUCCAGAAUUAAAUGAAGAGGAGAAGAAGCACAUAAAACUGCCAUUUCAUAUCGAAGAUGCCAAAAAUCUUGGAGGAGUUCUUGAACGCUACAAGGAUCUGUACUAUUUUCAAGUACUGGCUGGACUCUUCAUCACUUACAUAUUCCUACAAACAUUCGCGAUUCCAGGUUCAAUAUUCCUCUCGAUCCUCUCCGGAUUUUUAUUUCCCUUUCCACUGGCCUUGCUUCUCGUUUGUACCUGCAGCGCCGUGGGAGCAUCACUCUGUUACCUUCUGUCAUCUUUACUUGGGCGAAAACUCCUCUACAAGUAUUUCCCCGAAAAAGCGAAGGGAUGGGCGAUUGAGGUAGCCAAGCAUCAGAACAAUUUCCUGAGCUACAUGCUCUUCCUGAGAAUCACACCACUUUUCCCAAACUGGUUUAUAAACCUCGCAAGUCCAGUCUUGGGAAUGCCGAUGAUGCCCUUCACCGUCGGCACAUUUUUCGGCGUAGCGCCACCUUCCUUCGUGGCAAUUCAAGCCGGACAAACUUUACACAAAUUGACUUCUUCCAGCGACGCCUGGUCCUGGACUAGUGUUAUCAUUCUCGGUGUGUUUGCGCUUCUGUCCUUGCUACCUGUGAUUUUCAAACAGAAGUUCAAACACAAGUUCGAGUAGGUGAAUCAUUUCGAUUGUGAGAUUGAAAGCAAUCGUUCGGCAAAGGCCGUAGAUCCAGUCGAUUUUCACAAAGCACCCGCUUAGUUAAGCCACGCCCCUAGGGCUUGGCGGGAAAUACAUCUGACACCAAUUGGCAGAUUUUUCAAAUAUCGUCUCGCGCACGCGCAUCUAAUGCCACAUGGUAUUCUAACAUGGACAUAGGAAACAAGGGACUAGGCAUGCCAUUGCGGGGGUGAUGCAAUGAGGGGGGAGGUCCGCCACCUUUUGAUGUCCCGCGACAAACAUGGCAGCGCUCAUAUGUUUAUAUUUUCAUGCACAGUUUGUCGGCAAAAAUGCUUGUGCGCAUAAUCAAAUAGCACAUCGUAAUAUGGCGUCCCUCCCCACUUAUGGAAUCCCCCCCCCCGUGGAUUCAACCCCGCUCGCCAAUUUAGGAUGGCAUGCCUAGUCCCGUGUUUCCUAUGUCCAUGAUUCUAACAUUACGUCAUACUCGGUCGGUAACGUCGAAAUCUAUAAGGCCAUACCACUUGGUAGACUGCCAAACAUUGAUUACAUAGGAGUUUGAUUAAAAUUAAUUUUGUUUGACAAAAGUAAGUGAAAAAUCAUGAUAUGGUUUUGAUUAUCAUGUAGAAAAGCCAUUUCUUUCAUUAUUGUUAGCAAUUGGGGAAGUGUGCGAUUUGGGCAAUUCAUCAAGAAAAAAUAUAAUGUGCCGUAAUUGAGGUUCGGUUGCAUUUUUGGAAUAGUUGGAUGUCAAAAUUUUUGAAUUUUGGUAGUGCGUUAAAGUAUGUUUUUUAGAGAUGACAAGAGAUUAUUUUUGCAUUUUGAGAAACCAAAAAUCAUCAAAGACUGUGAUCCUUCUUAGAAAUCCUAUAAGACUUCUUGAAAAUCAUUAAACUUCUCCGACUUUUUUU